AUGGAAAUAUUACUCAAAGAACCAUCUGAACAUUCUCAUGUACCUGAUCCAGAUCGGCUGCACCUCAUUCGACUUAAAAAUGAAAUUAAAAGUCGUGGUGCAUCAUCAGAUGAAGGAGCUACAAUGCAACUUGAUCAUAAUGGUCGUUUACCUUUAAUAUUACGACAAACUGAUCGAGGAGAAAGUUUUAUUCUAUAUGAAGAUGAUUCUAUGGUAAUAUUCACAUGUGAUAAGGACUUAUCAGUUUUAAAGCAGUUAAAUUUAUUAAAAUAA